UAAAUAGCAGUCGCCGAACGAUGAUGUGUCAAUGUUCUAUUAUACCUAUAGACUACGUAUUUCCCAUUUUAAUUUUCAUUUUUUACAGAAAACUGUAUAUACAUAUUGUAGAACGAUAAUACUUUGAAAACACCUGCUUCUUCAUUUUCUGGACACACUCAAUGAUGCAGCUGGUUAUGAUCGCAUCGUUUCUCGUGCUGCUCUGCGGCCUCUUCGAUUCAAUAGCGGCCGUGAACAAUGAUUCCAACACGACAACGUCUUCUAACAUAAACUGGAGUUCAAUAAGUGACUUUUUUUUUCCUCCGAAUUCCUGUGUCCACGGCGUCAAAUCUGUAUCGUUGGUUUUGUUCACAAGUAAUAUUCCAAAUGGCCAAGUUGUCGAAGUAAACAAAUCCUGCAAUCUUUUUGAUCCGUCGAAACCAGUAAUUUUUCUGAGCAAUGGUUAUCGUUCAAAUGCAACCGCAUAUAAUUUCUCCGUUCUUGCGUCAACAUUAAUAAAAAAGGAUUACACAGUAUUUUCGAUAGAUUGGGCUAAUGCAUCAUGUCGUAAUGAUCCAACCACCUUAAAUCGGCCUACAUAUCCUUUUGCAGCAAUAAACUCUCGCAUAGUUGGUGAGGUAUACUUAGCAAGUUUUAUCAAAUCAGUGAUCGACGUGUGCGGUGUUCCAAUGAGAAACAUUACACUUAUGGGCCACUGUCUUGGCGCGCAUAUAAGUGGCUUCGCCGCGAAGAAGCUAUAUACAAUGGGGUACGACAAACCUCCGCUUCUCAUUGGUGCUGAUCCUAUAGCUCUCCCUUUCGAGAUUGUUGAUUGCUCGAAUAGGUUUUGCAAGACAGAUGCCAAACGUGUAAUAGCUUUACACACGUCCGUUUUUGGGAUACAAAGAUCUAUAGCUGACCUCGAUUUGUGGUUCAAUGAUGGACCCGUCCAACCAGGAUGUGGCAUGAGUGACCUAACUAAUUUGCUUCCCAGAUGUUCGCAUUAUAGAGCCAUUGAUUACGUUAUAUUAUUAAAUAAUUAUUCAUUUGUUGGCGUUCGUACGACAUAUAGACUUGUAAGAAAUCCAUUUCUCCCAUUUCUCGAGAGCUUAGGUUGUUUUUCUAACAAAACUGACUUGAUUGUGGAUGACGAAAUAUUCAACGGAAAUAAAACGGGGGACUACUGUAUAUCAGUUUCAUCGGAAUAUCCCUAUUAUACAACCAGCUAGUUGCCAAGAAGUUGCUGCAAAUUCGAUACUUUGAUUUCUAGUUAUUUAAUUAUCCAAUUACACUUAUAUGAUGAGCACAGAUCUGUUAUUAUUCAAAUAUUUACAAUGUUACUAAAUUAAGUUGAAAAGAAGUUAAGUACUGCAAUUCCCAGUGAACAAAUAAACAUUAAUGUAACGAUAACAUUAUUAUAACAAUAUUCAUUGACAUGUUACAUUGUUCAGUAUGUGGGUUUUAACGUUGUAAUCGACGUCAUUAUAAAGAAACUUUGACACUAAUUUUAAUAUUGUAAUAACAUUGAAAUGGGAGUGUACAUUGUGAAUAAUGUUUUUCUUGUAUGUUUAAUAUAAUGUUCCAUAGGUAACAUUGAAUAAAUAUCCAUUGAAUAAGAAA